GCCGUGCUCAAAUGCAAAUCCGGCAGGUGAGAAGCCGCCCCGCUUCCUUUCACCGGGCAGCAGACCCCGCUGUGGUGCGCCUCAGCGACUCGAGUGACCACAUGUCGUGUUGUUUUGCAGCAGCAGCGUUUAACGUCCCCUUUUCUCGUAUUCAUGUAGCUAUGCCUCAGUCCAUGCUUCAGCAUAAAUAUCUUUGCUCACCCUCACUCCUUUGACAUCCCAUCAUCCAUCAUCAACCCACCUCCGUAAAACCUCAAAAUGUCCUCCUCACCCUUCACCAUCCGCGCUCCCCCAGCAACCGACAUCUGGCGCAAGCCCCCCUCCAAAGACAUCUUCAACGCACCAACAUCCACCCCCUCCCACCUAACCCCCUCCUCCCCCCUCCCCCUCUUCCUCUCCACAAACCUAACCUUCCGCCUCCCCUACAACCACCAAUACGACCAAUCCGGCCUCCUCCUCACCUUUUCCUCCCCUUCCUCCCCCUCCCUCAAAAAGUGGAUCAAAGCCGGCAUCGAAUACUACAACUCCUCCCCCCGCCUCUCGGUAGUCUCCUGCGACAACUGGGCCGACUGGUCCGUCUCCGCCCUCACCCCCGACCCCGACACCUCCACCCCCUGGACGACAAUCUCGAUCCAAAAAGAGGGAGACGAUAACGGGGUGUCCCUCUGGGUCUACCAAGUCCUCAGUGAUGGGACCAAGGUCCCCGUGAGGGAGAUUUGCUGGGUUUAUGGGCUCGCUGACUUGGAAAGCUGGACGGUGAAAGUCGAGGCUAUGGCGGCGAGACCGGCAAAGGGGGAAUUGGGGGAGUUGGUGGCUGAGGUGAAGGAGAUGGACGUUAAGUGGAAGGAGUAGAGAGCUGUGGAUGAUAUGGUGGAGGUGGGACGUAAGGGGGUAACGGGGUGAAGGCGGUUUGGUCUUCUGGCAGUAUGAACCAAACACCUCAUCACAUCACAGCACCAAAGCAAGGGAACAAAUAUCUGAGGUGGCCGACUCUUUUUCGUCUCCCAUUAAAAUCCUAAUCUGACCCUUUAAGCCAUCAUCGCUAGGACUCAAGGUGUGCUGUUAUGUUUUUUCUGGCAAGCCUUGUCUGUGCAUAAAACAAGGCUCCUCCUCAAAAUUGACCAAAAAAAGAAGAUUCGUUACGUAUCAUCAUCAAAAAAAGUUUCGUGACAAAUAAAGAGAUACAAGUGAAUGUAUAUCCUUCUUCUUUUUCCUCAAGUCCAGCAAGA